GAUGCGGGGCGGGCGGCCCGCGGCGCUGGCGCUGCUGGCGCUGGCGCUGCUGGCGGCUCAGGGCGGAGCGGCGCCCCUGCAGCCUGGCGGGACCCCCGCGCUCACCAAGAUCUACCCCCGCGGCAGCCACUGGGCUGUGGGACAUUUAAUGGGGAAAAAAAGCACUGGGGAUUUUCCUUAUGGCUUUGAAGAAGAAAACAAGACACCAUUUUCAGCAUUACCUAAUAAUAUCAAGCAGCUGGAAGAGUAUCUGCAGUGGGAAGAAAUCUCAAAAUAUUUGUUAAGGCUGCUGGAAAGGAAUGAAAAUAAAAAUGGUCAUUUUUUAAAAAGAGGUCUUCCCUGGUACACCAGGAACACCUGGGAGACAGAUGACAAUAGCAGUUGGAAACAUAUGAUGGACUAUCUGCUUCAAGUUGUGACUAUGAAAGAGAGCACUCCAAGCUGAAAGAAGAUCACUAAAUCAUGAAGAAAUUGAAUACUUUCUGUAAGAGACUAUAUUUCACACACUUGAUUGUAUCAGAUAAUCAACAAGGUCACUUUUCUGUACACAAGAAUUCCUUUGUGUAAAGUACUUAAAUACACAUACUCUUGUAUGGUUCAGCAAGGACUAAAUCCUCUACUUCAUUUUCAAGGUUGCAUUUUCUCAUUUGAAUGGCUUUGAUAUACAUCUAUAUAUCUAUAUGUAUCUAUAUAUAUAUAGAUAUAUCUCUAGAAUUGUCAUGGAAGGGUCUUCCAAUUAAUUAUAUGAUGUACCUAUCAAAUCAUUUCAUUUCUUCGUUCGAAACUACAUGACAUUGCAACAUUCGCAAUAAAUAGUACCAAGAAA